AUGGCACAUUUAUCAGAUACUUUAACUGAAGCUGGACAUAAUGUAACAUUUUUGGCUCCAAUUUCCGAUGAAAUUUAUAGAGAACAAAUUAAUGUUCUGACCAAAAAUAUAAUAUUCGUUGAACAAGAUGAAAUAAUGAAAUCAACUGAGAUUCAGACAAUUUCUGAAGAUGCUAUGAAAAUAUUUUGGACAUAUGUUGAAGAUUUGAAUACUAUUUUGGAACAAUUCAAAUGGUUGGAUGAUAUUAUAUUUGAAACUUGUGAAAAUUUAUUGAGAAAUCAACAAGUUAUUGAUAUUUUGAAAUCAACUAAUUUUGAUGUUGCAAUUACUGAACCAUUAUCAAUUUGUGGAUUGGCAUAUUUCAAAUUAUUAGGAAUCAAAAAAACAAUAAUGGCAACAUCUUGUACAAUGUAUGAUCAUAUUAUGCAUCUAAUUGGAGAACCAGAUCAUCCAUCUUAUAUUCCAGGUUAAUAUUUAUCUAUAUUUGUUUUCUUUCAAUAGUUUUUAUUUCAGCAUUGAUUUCCGAAUACACGGACAAAAUGAAUAUUUAUGAACGUUAUCAAAAUUUACUGAAUUCUAAGUUAUCAAUCGAUUCGGCUGAUGAAUUCUUUGACCGUGAAAUAGAAUUAUUUUCAAAAUGGAAUAUUUCGAAUUGGCAUGAUCUUUAUUCAGAAACAUCAUUACAUUUUGUCAAUUCGAAUCCAUAUAUUGAUUUUCCUCGUCCAAUUAUUCAAAAAACGGUUCCAAUUGGAGGAAUCAGUGUGAAUUUGGAAAAAAUAAAAUCCGAAAAACUAACAGAAGAAUGGAAUAAUAUUUUGAAUAAAAGAAAGAAAAAUAUGCUAAUUUCAUUUGGAAGUAUGGUAAAAUCAAUGGAUAUGCCAAGUGAAUGGAAAAAUAAUAUUUUGAAUGUUAUAAAAUUAUUUCCAAAUGCAACAUUCAUUUGGAAAUAUGAAUCAGAUGAUUUGGAAUGGGCUAAGAAUAUUGAAAAUAUUGUAUUUUCCAAAUGGACUCCACAAACUGCAUUGCUGGGUUAGUAAUUGUUUGAAGUGUAUAAUAAAAUCUCAUUAAAUAUACUUAUAGGUGACAAACGAGUGAAUGCAUUUUUAACACAUGGUGGUUUGGGAAGUACAAAUGAAUUAGCUUAUUUGGGAAAACCAGCAAUAAUGGUUCCAAUUUUUGCGGAUCAAAUGAGAAAUGCAAACAUGUUGAAAAGACAUAAUGGAACCAUUGGUUUAUCAAAAAUUCGACUUGGGAAACUUUGA